ACGACAGUCUAGCGAUAUGGAUUCGUUUGCGUUUUAUAUACAGCUUCAAGAAUUUCUCUUAAAAGGAGAAAUUCCUGACAAUUCUGCAAAUCGUCGGAAGGUACGACGGGCGUCAGCGAAUUUCAUCAUCAGGGACUCUUCUACGUCGGCCCCAGUAGGCAGUAUGCGGCUAGUUGUCCUGUCAGAGGAAGAGAAGAGGUCUGUUCUUACGGAGUGCCACAAUAACCCUGGGACUGGAAAUCACAGUGGCGUCAGAGGCACUCAAACCAGGGUUAUUGCUGGAUACUAUUGGCCUACAAUUAUCCAGGAUGUGAAAGAAUGGGUCAGAUCCUGUCACCGCUGCCAGUUGAAUGACCCCAUCAAGACUGUUGUGCCAGUCUUGCAUUCUAUUAAGGUAAAAGAACCUUGGGAGGUGCUUGGUUUGGAUUUGAUUGAACCACUGCCAGGAACAGCACACAACAACAAGUAUGUCCUUACCAUGACUGACCUGUACACCAAGUGGGUGAUUGCAGAACCUAUGAAAUCUAAGACAGCAGCUGAGGUGUCUGCAAUAAUAACCGCAAAGCUGUACUUGUUCGGCAUGGUAAGGAAAAAUUUCACAGUAUGCUCUCAGCACCUGUACACAUCAUGGUCAUUAACAUUCACAGAGGAGGAGGUGCCAUUAAUUCGCCAGUGGUGGUGCAUUCAGCUGAUGGAGAGGUUUUGUCUUGAAGGGCAUGGACAGAGAUUUGCAAACUGGGCAGAAGAAGCAUCCCAACUCCUUCAGGGAACCCUUGAGCCUGUCUUUAGGGUGUCAAACUCCACCACCACCAAACAGACACCCAGCAGAAGAGUUGUGGUUGAAGAGGACACUGAUAAGGUGCAACAGCCUACCAUUGUGAGAGACCUUCAUACCGCUUGGUACUGGGUACACAAUCACAGAGACUUAUUUCGUGGAGAGGUGACAGAGCCUGCUUUUCUGCAGAUGAACAAUGAAGAUCAACAAAAUGCACUCAGGAAGGCCCUGGAGAGUGAAUUCCCUGAAGCAAAGGAUGACUUUUUGUUUAUAUUUCAGUAUCAAGAUGACAUGGAAACAUUUUUGUCAUACUGUGUUGAUAAACAAGGCCUGAAGGUCAAUGCCAUGUUCCUCAAUCAGCAAUUGUAGUG